AUGGAAAACGAUCGAGUUCGCUCUCAGGAACCGGACUGGGAAAAGCUUCGACCAGGACUGUUUGACAAACGCAUAAAGCGCUCACGGCAGGAUAGAGACAUACAACCUUUACGUAUACCGUUCUUCACCGGGGUGGAAGACCAUUUGACACACCUCCAUUCUUUUCAGUCUGCCGUGGGAUGCAAAGGUCUCAACGACGAGGGAUAG